UCCUCUGGUGGUGGUUUUAGUCGCAGCGAUGUUUUAAAUCGUCGUGUACUGUGAAACGAUUGACAUUGAUCGGUUCUAGUCUCGGUGCAGCCAGUCAAGGUUUCCCAUUUGUUGUGCCAUCUCGUGAAAUCAGUGACCAAAAUCGGAGAAAGGCUUGUCUAUUUUUCCUAGUCCAAUAGCGUGGGGAAGAAGUGUUAACCCCAGAGCCUAAAAAUAGAAUCAUGAAAAUCGAAUUGGUGAGGAAGAAGAAUGCCUCGAAAUCGUGCAAAAACUAAGUGCGAAAACAUUAAGUGUCCACCCGUUCUUAUUGCGUUCUGGUUGUUCCAUUAGUAGACGGUAACAUAGCGCCUGCGGCACACGUUCUUCCACACACCACUUGGUAUAGAUUCGAAUUUACGAGCGAAAAACCAGUUUGAGGACAGCCAGCAGUAGCAGAAACCCAAGUCACAUCUCUCACCCAGGCGCGCAGGAUGGGAACUUGAAGCGAUAACAACUUUUCGUUAUUCGCAACUAAACCUUGAUGAUUAGUUCAUCGCCGUAUUUCUUCUGUGUUGACUGGUCACUCGCAGUGAAUCUAAGUUAGUGUUUCUGUUUGAAUUUUGUAAGUCGUGUUUGUAUGCGGGAAUCGUUCGAGCGCGUGCGGCAGCCAGGAUGGAGUAAAGAGAUCUGAUUAGUUAGUUUAUGUCACUAGUGGUUAUUUCGAAGCAUAUUACAAGUGUAUCCAGCAAUCUUAAUUUGUGUACAACGAGAGGAAGGAAUAGACGGAAAAAUCGAUACUCUCACCCUGAAAGUGUAAUCGAGAAUAAUCAAAACAUGGAUACAGGGGAUGAUGACCCAAACGAUUUCAAUCUUCCGAGGGAUAUUUUGGAAGAUAACAACUUGUUGGAUUUGAUAAACGAAGUACUCAUCGAUGACAGGCCCCCGCCCGCAUCUCCACAGAGACCACACGUGGUCAUAACCGAGCAGCCCCAUCCCAAGCUGAACCGAUUUCGAUACGAGUGUGAAGGGCGCUUGGCCGGUUCGAUUGUGGGCGUUCACACCACACGCGAGCAGAAAACCCAUCCCAGCAUCGAAGUUCGUGGCUUCAAGGGCCGAGCCGUCGUCGUAGUGUCCUGCGUUACCAAGGAUCGUCCAUAUCGGCCACAUCCACAUGGGCUAGUGGGGAAGGAACGCUGCAACCAGGGAAUCUGUACGAUAGAGAUCAACAGCAAUACCAUGAGCCACACGUUUCACCUGGGGGUGCAAUGUGUGCGCAAGAAAGAUAUCGCGGAAGCACUCCGAAUUCGAGCGGAAAAACGGAUUGAUCCUUUCAGAACUGGAUUCAAUCACGCCACCCAGCCCGCUUCCCUUGAUCUCAGUGCCGUCCGGUUGUGCUUUCAGGUAUUUCUGGAAGGCCCACGGAGUGGUCGUUUCACAGUACCACUAGCGCCAGUAGUGUCGGAAAUUUUCAACGAUAAAAAAUCUAGCACAAUGUCCGAGCUUGUGAUUUGCAGAUUAAGCGACUGCACCGCACCGGUUACUGGGGGAAAGAAGAUAAUCCUUCUCUGUGAGAAAGUAGUGAAAGAGGAUAUUACGGUCCGAUUUUACGAGGAACAGAAUGGCGCUGUACUGUGGGAAGGUACAGGAGAAUUUCAACAAACCAGUGUGCACAAACAAUACGCCAUCUGUUUUCUAACACCUCGAUACCGUUCGGUCGAUGUCGAACACUCGGUGAUGGUGAACAUACAGCUGUUGAGACCAUCCGAUGGGGCAACAAGUGAGCCACGCCAAUUUGAGUUUGUGCCUGCAGAUUUAGGUAAUUGGAAACAUAAACGUAAACGCACGAUGUUCAACAGCUGGAAUGUACUUGGGCCCACACCAGAUGUAGCUCAAGACACAUACUGCAACCUCACGCAAAACACACCGCUAGAGACUAUCAAAAUGGAACCGGCAGGUUCGCCAUCCAAUCCUUUCUUCGGUUUCACGUUGAGCACACCAUCUCCAACAUCGCUCGGCGGUAUGAACCCCGCGGAAUCCGUUUCUCCCUACUUAAGGGAGGCGGCUGCGAUCAGUACUGCACCGACCGACUACUUCCACCAGGAAACACAGCCAUACCAGCUCCAUUUCGACGCAGCAUCCCUUGGGAAUGAUAUAUUACAAGAAUCGCAACUUCUCGACUUUAUGAUACCUAAUCACCAUCAGCAGCAUCUGACAAUCCAGCCAGGGCCCAGCGGAUCAGCGGUGGCCAUGGAUAAUUCUCGGCAGAAGUGUACGACUCCGCCAGAGUACAAUCUGAGCAGUCUCUUAGACAUGAACCAUCAGCAGCUUUUGUCAAUCCAGCCGGGACCCAGCGGAUCAGUGGUGGACAUGGAUAAUACUCCGCAGGAGGCUAUGGUUGGGACAGAUUACAAUCUGAACAAUUUCCUAGACGUGAAUAUUGAUUCGUCUGAAAUCAGAUCGAUCAUAAACAAUUUUACCGAAAACACGCCAGACUGAGGACGCAUAUGUUAAAGCAGGGCUAACUGUUUCUGUUGGAAUAUUUGCGUGUUACCGUAGUUAAGUUUAUCAUAAGGACCAUUUUCAAUAAAACUUGUUGUAAAAAUUGGAACCGGAUCCGAUUCAAAUUAGUUCAAUUGAAAUCUUUGUUCCCCCUCAGACUCACUAUUACUCCAAAACAUUCUC